GUCGGCGUUCGAGCAGGGCCCGGCCAGGCACGCCGACCUGUUCCAGCUCGGCGUGGAAGUCCCCUUCGUGAAGUGCACGCGGGGCCACCUGUCGAUCGCCCAGGGCCGCGUUUCGACCGCCCUGCUCGAGUGGCUGCAGGGCGACCCCUUCAUCUCCACCUGCGUCGAUGCCUGGCUCUCCGAGUCUGCGGCGGCACGACAGAAGCGGCGCAAGUGCAUGGGCUUGGACGAG